GCUGAUGCUGCACGUGAUGAAAACAACGGUUUCCACUAGAUAACACAGCCACAAAGUCAGAUUUUACAGCCACAAAUUCAACAUUGGCUACAAAAUGUGCUUUUGGGUCAUAAUUUAAGGUUAGGGUUAUGCAUAAGCUUAGCAGUGUGGUUACGGUUAGGUUUAAAAUAAGAUUUUAAGAAGAUAAAUUGUAUAAAUAGGCGGGGUUUAGCCAUAAUUAUGACUUUGUGGCUGUGUUAAUCAUACAUCAGCGGUGUUACGUUAGUGACGAAAACAACACAGACGUUAGCUAGCAACUCGCGUAAUCUAAAAAUGUCAAACAUACAGUUGUUGAAGGUUUUUCUCAACGAGAGAUUAACAUAUGCUGCCGAGGAGAUAUUCGGGGUGGUUGAAAAAACUAUAGUAGAGUAUCAGGAGGAAGUUGUCCGUCUACAGAGGCUGCUCGAUAUUGUUCUUCAACCUGAGAUAAAGCUACACAGAGCAGGUUUGUUACUGGACCUCCAGCAGCUCUCUCUCUCCGUCUCUGAAGUGGCGGUUCCCCCUGAGCAGCAUGAGUGGAACACCAGUCUGGGGCAGGAGGACCCACAGCCCACACAGAUAAAAGAGGAACAGGAGGAAAUCGGGACCAGUCGGGAAGAAGAGCUGCUUCAAGGGCUUGAGGCAGAUACCAUAGACUCCAUAUUCACUCCUGCCUGUGUGAAAAGUGACUGUGAUGAGUACCCAACUCACCCCUCACAUCUAUAUCAAGCCCAAAACGAAGACAAAGAGAGAGACACUCUACCCAGUACUACAAAUGAACUGACCAAAACACAACCUGAUGGAGAGGACUCCAGAGAGUCAGAACCAACCAGUGUCUCCCAGCCAUUCUCUGAAGCAAAUCCAGACUGUUUUGCAGCUCACAGUGAAAACAAUGAAAGUGGCAGUGGCAUGGAGAAUGGAGGACCUGCAAUAGGUUUUAAGGCAGUCAAAUCAAAGAGAAAAAAUAUGGUAAAAGGACAAAGCUCCUGUAUCACUGUUAAGGGCAGCACAUCCACACAGUUGUCCCAUCUGAAAUCACCCAGGCAAAGUUUUGCUUCUCCCUGUUGUUGUAAGGUGUGUGGCAAGUUUUUUAAUUACAUGAGUACAUUAAUUAGACAUGUUAAAACCCAUACAGGGGAUAAAGAUAAUCAAUGUGGUGUGUGUGGGAAAAAUAUGGAGUCCACAGAAAGUAUGAAAGAUCACCUCCAAACUCACAUUGCAGCUAAUGUUUCUUGUCAUGUUUGUAGUAAAUCUUUUUCCUGUAACAGUAAACUGACAGAGCACAUGAGGAUCCACACAGGGGAGAAACCAUAUCGCUGCCGUGAUUGUGGCCAAGGAUUCAGCACAAGUGGUGGGGUGAAAAGACACAUGACGAGACACUCAGGAGAGCAACCGUAUCACCCUGAUUGUGGCAAAGGAUUCGGCACCAGCGGUGAUCUGAAAAAACAAAUUAGAAUUCACACGGGAUUAUCCAUAUCGCUGCCUUGAUUGUGGCAAAGGAUUCCAAUAGGGUCUGGCUCCAGCAGAUACCUUCUCAGGACACAGACGCUGUGAGACAUAUGAGCUGAGACAGGAUGUCAGAUGGUAUUAACAUUGUAUGAAAAAAUGAUAAAAACUAAAUUAAUCCUGAACACUCAGCUAACUCUCCCAACUUUUACCACUACGAUUCUAACACACUUAACAUAACGCCCUGGACCAGAGCUACUGACAUUUAGCCAGCUAGCUAACGUUAGCCACACAUUUGUGACGUAUAUUAAUUGGCAUUCAUAUCACACGAAUUGGAGGGAACCGCUACAAAUUCAUACAUAGAAAUGUAACAUCAUACGAAACGGAGGGACACAAGAAAACAUUUACUAUGUUACGGCCAGAGUUAAAACUGCGUGUGCACAUACCAUCUGAGAUGCAAAAAUACCAUCUGAGACAUGCACUUUGAGAUUCGCAGACCAGGCAGCUUCAGGCCGCAUAUUCUGCAACUGGAUGCUUCUCAAGGAUUCAGCAGUGCUGGUAAUCUGUCAGUACACGUGAAGAUCCGCACUGGAGAGAAAACACAAAAGUAUUCAGUGCUGGCAUCAAUCUGAAAGUGCACAUGAGGACUCACAGAAACACUGUAUAGGUGCAAUGAUUGCAGAAUUUUUGUAUGUAUUAUAGAACCCCUAUAAAGUUACAUGAACCAACAGUCAGAAGAUGGAGGAAACAUGAUAAUGUGCUGUUUGGGGAAGGUCUUCAGACAGAAGGUUUAGAGGCACAUUCUAACUUCCACCUGUAAAAGUAGAUGCACCUCAGGACAUUACUCUUGGGUGAAAAAAAUAAAAAAUAAAAUAAAAUAAUAUAUGACUGAUUUACCAGUGGUGUAAAGUAACUAAGUCAAAAUACUUCAAAGUAUUAUUUAAGUAAUUUUUGGGGGUAUCUGUACUUUACUUUACUAUUUAUAUUUUUGACAACUUUUACUUUUACUCCAUAAAUUUUC